UGGUGCCGUUUUCCCAGAAAUUCCACACCCCAAAACGCACCUUCCCAUAUCUCUCUAUUGAUUUCAGGCUUUGUUUGUUUUUCCUAUUCAGUGCCCUAACUUGGGUUAGACUUUAAUUGUGGUUUGAGAGUUCACGGAGUUGUGGGGAAAAUGGGGUUGUAUCCGAAACGUUCAAAAAAAGCUAGAAGCAAAGAUGUGGACAUGGAGGACUUUGACGAUUCGGAAGAUGAGGAAUUAUUGGUUAAUGGCGAAGAGGAAGAAGAAGAAGCUGAAGUAGAUGAAGAUGAUAGCGAAGAAGAUAUUGAUGACGACGACGACGACGACGAUGAAGAAGAAGAAUUAGAAGAUGAUGAUGACGACGAUGGUGGAGAAGAUGGAGAAGAAGAAGAGGAGGAGGACAAAGAUGGUGAGAUGGAAGAGCUUGAAAAAGAGUACAAGGAGCUUCACAGCAAGGAGCAAGAUAUAUUGAGGAAUCUCAAGCAUCAUAAGGAUGAAGAUGUUAAAAAGGGUGAAGCAGUGAAGAACCAAAAGGCUCUUUGGGAUAAAACUCUUGAGUUCAGGUUCUUGCUUCAGAAAGCCUUCUCCUGUUCAAAUAGACUGCCGCAGGACCCUGUUAGGUCUUCAUUUUGUGCUUCAGAUGAAGUAGUCAGUUCUGCCUAUUCGGACCUUAUAACUUCGUCAAAGAAGACUUUAGAUUCUUUAUUGGAACUGCAGGAGGCAUUGCUGGAGAACAAUCCAUCAAUUGCUCAACCUGUAGAGGGUAUUGGUGCUCAACCAUCUGAGAAGCUUUCUGGAGAUUCUAAGAACUUGGACAUGGAAGAUGAUGAAGAGUGGCUACAGAUUUCUCAGAUGAAUAAGAGAAUAGCUGCUUUCAGAGAUAAAGCAGUUGACAAAUGGCAGAGGAAGACAGAAGUCACAACUGGUGCUGCUGCAAUAAAAAAAAAAUUGCAAGCUUUUAAUCAGAACAUUAGUGAACAAGUGGCAGCCUAUAUGAGGGAUCCAACUAGAAUGAUAAAGCAAAUGCAACAAAGAAGAUCAACAAUUGGCAUAUUUGGGGCUGUUACUGAGUCCGGUAGUAGUGCUAAUGGAGAGGAAGCACAUCCCGAAGGUGAUCCCGAACUUCUGGAUGAUUCUGAAUUUUACCAGCAGUUGCUGAAGGAAUUUUUUGAGACUGUUGACCCAACAUCGUCAGAGACGGCCUUCUAUGCCUUAAAAAGACUGCAAACUAAGAAGAGAAAAAUAGUUGAUCGUCGUGCAUCAAAGAGUCGAAAGAUCAGGUACCAUGUUCAUGAGAAGAUAGUCAACUUCAUGGCACCGGAGCCGAUGAAACUUCCUCCCAUGGCUCCAAAGUUAUUUGAGAACUUGUUUGGACUGAAAACCCAAUAACCUAAUGCUGAAUUCUGAUACUUUUUACUGGCCAUUUGGAGUUUUGUAGUGUUACUUGUUUUGUGAUAUUUAAUGAGCAAAA